AUGCCACUAUUUGCAUCCUUUUCCAAGCAAGUAUCAAGAGGGUUCAAAAUUAGCCGGGGACUUUCCGUGGGUGUCGCCAAUGGUUGCCCAAAGCCCCAAACACUUUUUGGCUACAGAUCCUUCGGCACCUAUUCGAAGCAAAGAUUCAUGAACAUAGACUGGAGACUUCAUGGAAUAAAGUUUCUAUUCUUUUCCGUCGCUGCUACCGUUGAGUCAUACUUCCUUUAUUCAAGAGUAGAGGACGAAAUCAAAUGCGAUUCACCCAGUUUGAUUCUGGUUCACGAAGUCAAAAAGCAUAACAAGGCCGACGAUUGCUGGAUCAGUAUUGAUGGGAAUGUUUAUGACGUUACAAAAUUCUUGGAACUUCAUCCUGGUGGCAUUUCUAGGAUCCUUCUGGUAGCCGGUGGUGAUGCUUCGAAAAGUUUCUUCCAAAUGCAUUCACAAGAAACACUAGAAAAAAUGCUGCCAUACUUGGUGUACCUUGGUGCGCUCCAAGGCAAGUUUGAGGAAGAAAUUACUGCUGAGGAAGCUGCCAUUCUUGGAAAUGUUGCUAACAAGCCAUCAUUAGGAGAAAUAUUCAAUCUUUCAGAUUUCGAGUAUGUGGCCAAAAAAGUUCUUCCAAAAUCCACCUACUUCUACUAUGCAACUGGUAGCUCAGACGAAUUUUCCUUACGAGAGAAUCACUAUGCAUAUAGCCGGGUGUACUUCCGGCCAAAGGUUCUUCAGGAAACUUCUACAACCAUCGACACAUCUUCUUCGCUCAUGGGCACAAAGGUCGAUCUACCAAUAUACAUAACUGCCUUCGCUGGCUCCAAGUUUGCUCAUCCUUUGGGAGAAAAAGUAUUGCAACAAGCGGCGUAUAAGUCGAAUAUCAUGCAAAUGGUGCCCAUGUUGAUGUCUUACUCCUUAGAUGAGUUCUUUCAGAGUGUCCCUGAAGACCAGAACCAGUGGUAUCAAUUGCAUUUCGACACUUACAAAGAGUUGGGCCAACCUCGAAAACAGAAUUAA